AUGCCAAGCAAGAAGAAACAAUCAAGUUCCUCUACUCCCUCUCGUCGCAAACCAAUCUCCUGUACCUGUCCAAGAGGAGACCACAAAGAUCCACAAGGUAAUUUUGGAGAACAGAAAUUACCAGAUAACACCACAAGUGAACCAGUAAGGUGUCGUACGGACGUAUAUAAGACUUACGAGGUAUCAGGAGGAAAUACAACUUGUUCGAAAUGUAGCGAAAACUUGAUUCAUGCUUUAUCAUACACCACCGACAGCAAAACUGCCAACGAUGAUUAUCUAAAGAUGAUGAUGGAUGACUUUCAGGUUGUUUAUCCGGGUACGUAUGGGAACGGAUCGAGGUGGAUGCAGUAUUUUCGUGAGAAUAGAGAAAGUUAUAUGGCCAGUUCAAAGAAGUCACGACAAGAAAGUAGUUUGGGUACUAUCAAACAAGAUGAAAAAGCUGAUAGACGCAUCAAAAUUACUCAUUCAGUAAUAUCCACUGCGGUCCCGGAUAAUAUCGCUGAACAGGAUAGACCUGCCAUACUUUGGCGAAAUGACCUUCUCCCAGAAGCACUACACGUCUCUCGCGACGAAGGGAUCAACUCUAUGUCGGGUACUCAGAUGACAUCCCCCAUAUUGCAAAUGGUCUCAACAAUGCGAGCUUCACUCAGUCGGUCUGCUCUGAGGUAA